ACCGCUUCCGUGUGACGCUUCAGCUCUUCCUGUGUGUCAGUAGUUCAGCGGCGGCGGCGGUCAGUAACCGGAGUCAGCAUGUUAUUCAUCAGUAACAGGGUUAAAUUGUGUUCGCUGGCGUUCACCGCGGCGCGCAUGUACGCCACCGGAGCUCAAGCCAACAACAACCCCUUGGUGUUCUUCGACAUCGCGGCGGAUAACGAGCCGCUCGGUAGAGUCACCUUCGAACUGAAUGCAGAUGUUGUGCCCAAAACAGCAGAGAACUUCAGAGCUCUGUGCACGGGUGAACAUGGAUUCGGAUACAAAGGCUCGAUCUUCCACAGAGUGAUUCCACAGUUCAUGUGUCAGGGAGGAGAUUUUACAAAUCAUAACGGAACUGGAGGAAAGUCCAUCUAUGGUCCAAGAUUUUCAGAUGAGAACUUCAGACUGAAACACACCGGACCAGGUAUCCUGUCGAUGGCUAACGCCGGACCGAACACCAACGGAUCCCAGUUCUUCAUAUGCACAGUCAAAACAGAGUGGCUGGACGGGCGGCACGUGGUGUUUGGCAGCAUUAAAGACGGGAUGGAUGUGGUGAGGAAGGUGGAGGCGCUCGGCUCUCGCUCGGGAAGAACCGCCAAGAGAAUCAGCAUCACCAACUGCGGAGAACUCAAGUAGAGUCACCAGUCCAGUCAUUUCUAUACUGUCCUGCUGCAGAAUCACAGACUACGCCAUAAUGUGAAGCUUAAGACACUUUCUGGUUAAAGGAAUAGUCUUUAUUUACUCGCUCUCGUGUCUCUGCAAAGCUGUGUGAUGUAAAAAAUUUCCAUGCAACACAAAAGGUGAAUUUUUAAGACUCUGCAAGAUGUUAUUUUCUAUAUAGUGACCAAAGAGCAUAAAAGCACUUGUGCAUCAUAUUCAGUCUUCAAAAGUCAUGCAGUUUUAAAGUUGCAGUCGCUAUGAAACGUUUUUGUGCAGAAAAACAGAUUAUUCUUUUGUAUUCCAAGGAAAAAACACAAUCUAUGGGUUUGAAAUGACAAGAGGAUGAGUAAAUAUUGUCAUAAUGAUUGUUUUUACAUGCAAUAUUCCUUUACAGUAACAUCCACUGUGAAUAAAUAUCAUGUUUAACAUCAUUCUCAGGUAAUACUAAUAAUAACAGUGUUUAAUCUGGACUGAAUCUGACCAGACCUCUGGUUCUCAUGCAUGACUUAUGAAUUAUGGCCAGUGUGCUUCAGUAUUCAUCACUUGAGUUUGAUUAAUAAAGCCGAGAGCAAUAAGA